AUGGAUAGCGAUCCCUGUGAGGGCACAGUUGAUCCUAGGCGGGUAUGGCUGGCGAAUCUCCCUCCAAAGUCAACAGAGUUUGCUGUUUUGCAACUAGUUCGACCGUUUGGCAGAAUUCUAGAUUUCGAUUUUCCUGUUCAUCAAUCUGGAGGUCUUUUGCAGGGUUCCACACUUGGUUAUUGCUUCGUCACCUUUGCCGCAGAAGAAUGUGCUCUCAAGGCAAUGGAAAGGUCUAACAGAGAGUUAUUUCGCACAAAAAAGGCACCAAAGCCUACUCAGGCUUCGGAGUAUAAGUUUGGACCACGAGGCAUGAAGAGAUUUCUGAACGGGCGGCAAUUCUACGGCUCUGUACUAUCGGCGCAACGUGCUCGGCCAACGCGUGAGGCGUUGGCGCAGUGGUGGGAGGCACGCGAGGAGGCGCAACGAGCACGCAUUGAAGCUGAUCGACAGCGACGCGAGGAAGAGCUCGCUCAAAGACUCAAUGCAACUUCUUCCUCUCUCCUCACUACCACCGCUUCUUUCGCUGAUGAUGAUGGCGGCUCUCGACAUAGGUCGACCACCUCUGUUCCCGACCUUUAUGGAAAGUUGGGGAUAGUUUCAGCCAAACCGAUCGCUCAACCUCCUUCUCCCCCAAAACUAAGCCACGCGCAGAACAGGCAGGCAGUACGACGCAUUGAAGCGGCAUUACGCAACACCUCACAAAUUGCGGUGCAACCGGCAGCCUUGAGAACGGAGGAGGAGAGGCGCAGGCAACAACCACAUCCCCUCGUGGCAGCCCUGCUGGCAGGGAAUAGGCGACAGCCGAUGGGAAGAGACAGACAUCCACGGGGACGAAGCGGUGGAACCGGAACACACCGCUACAACCCCUACUCGCGUUUCUGA